AAAAGAGAUAGUCCUUGACUUUUAAGGUUGUGUAUGAAGAACGGCUUGUUUUAUAUAGAUUGUUCAUUUUGUUUAUGGUGAUCAUUAAUACUGACCCAUUUUGGAAUGUAAUUAGCAUAUGAUGCAUAUUAAAUAUUGCGUAUGGGGGACUGGGCUGGGACGCCGGAACAGCGAGGGACGGGGGGCGCAGUGGCAGCUGCCCCCUUGAUGAGGUAUGCUAGCCCACGGUUAACCGUGGUUAGCCGUAGGUCGAUUCAUAUUCUGUCAACUAGGGCCGGAUUUUGAGAAAAAGCAGAUCGUUUGUUUGCUAACACCCACCACGAAAAUCUCAUAUUUGGUGUCGCUCAGGGCGGUGUAAGUUCGCCCUUGUGUUUCUAAUGUAUAUGUUACAGCAAUUAAGCAGGUACUUGAAUUACUUCAAAAACAAACCACGGUAUUAAGAACCAAGCUAACCACAUCAAAAACAUAAAAUAAGUAGCGUUUUCGUAUCAAUAACAAGUCCUUCGCAACGGAUAUUGAUUGUGGUCAAACACUGCAUAGAUAUCUAUAAACACAGCUCCCAUUUGUGGGUUUUGGAACAAUAUCGCGUGCAUUCAUUUCAUUAUACGCACACCGUGACCGCGACGUUGACGAAAAUAAAGCGUCAGUUAACGUGUAAAUAAAAAGACUUACAAUAUCCUAAAAUCAUGUCAGUGAAAUUCUGGAUGGCUGUCACACUGACGCAGUUCAUAUUUCUACGGCGUUCGAUACUUGCGGACGAAUGUCAUCGUGAAAAGAAGUUUGUUAAAGUGGAUCCAGCUAGACUACCUGAGAUUAGUGCAAUCAAAGUUUCUACGGUGACUGACGAGGCCUUCUGCUCCAUAAAUUGCAUUGAUUUCGCAGGAUGUAAUUCAUUUGCGUUUCUUAAUGCUACAUCCAAUGACAAUUGUCUGUUAAGCGGCAACGUGAAUGGCGCAUCAGUUAGUGGAAAAAGUGCAGAGCUUGAAGUAUUUAUAAAAAAAGUUCAAUCUACCCCAAAAGGAUGUGAUCCAAACCCAUGUCUGAACGGAGGGACCUGCGUCGACACGUGCGAAGAACCAUUUUAUCAUUGCGUUUGCCCCGAAAAAACAACGGGAGAAGUAUGCACUACCAUCUUUGAACCGUUCUUCGCUGAAUUCACGAACCUCGGCGCGUCUGGACGUUUUGGACCAACAUCAAUUGGUAGCCACUACGACGGGAAACAACACAAAGACCUCACUACCGUACAGAAUGGGAUACAGCAUUUCACAGUUCCUUACACAGGAACAUACACCAUUGUUGCUGUCGGUGCCGGGGGAGGAUAUGAUAAAAGUGGUACUACUUACCAAGGACUCGGAGUGAAAAUUGGUGGCGACUUCAAUCUAGUGCAGGGGCAUGUUUUGAAAAUACUUGUUGGACAGACAGGUGUAACAAACAGCCUAUAUCCGUCCUCUGGGGGUGGAGGUGGGUCAUUCGUGGCCACUUCGUCAGAUACACCGUUGAUUGUAGCUGGCGGGGGAGGAGGCAUCGAAGUCCCCACCGUGCAGUAUAACAAUGCACAUGCAGGCACAGGCAGUUCUGGGAAACCCAAUGCUGGUCCUUCUGGUUACAGUUCCUGGCCUGGUGGCUCAAGUGGGAACGGAGCAAGCACGGCAGAUACUAGUAAUUCAGGUGGCGGAGGGGGAGGUUUUUACAGCAACGGUCGAAGUUCGACAAAUUUUGGUGGAUCAUACGGAACAGGGGGGGAAGGAGGAUACGGUUUUAAACAAGGUGGUCAAGGAGGCCGAGCAUUGAAUCACGGCAGUGAUGGAGGAUUUGGUGGUGGUGGGGGUGCAUACGGCAAUGCAGGAGGGUCUGGGGGUGGGGGUGGAUAUUCCGGUGGGGCAUCAGGGGAUAAUUAUUAUAAUUCGUGUGGAGGAGGAGGUGGUUCAUACAACAGUGGGUUUCAAAAUAAACAUGGUCAAGUUGCAUACCGUCGUGGACAUGGUUCUGUGACAAUAACCAGACUUAACGUUUGAACGCAGCCGUGAGUGGCACAGUCAGAGGGCAACGCACAAUCACGUGAAGGAUAUAUAAACAAUUUUUAGCUAGCAGUGUUGAUCACCACCUAUAACCUGAAGAAAUGUACUUAACUCACAUUCAUGUAAUAUAAGGAAACCGCACAAAUAGAAUAAUUAUGAAUCAAGGCUCGUUUUACCUUUUGACGACAUGUAUGCAGUCAAACUAACGUUUUAUUAAGACAGCGUCACGGCGAUUAACUCUUUUGGCACGUAAGUUUUCCGCGAUGGAAGAAGAAUUUUA